GAUGCCGGUACACACAUUUCCCAAGCCAGUUUUUCUCGAAUAUUUUGCAGGAUAUUUAAGCGUUUAGUUUACAAUUUUAUCGUUAAUUCAAGUUUGAAUGAUAAACUAACGAAUCAGCUCACUGAGGAAAGAGGAAGAUGGCAACAGCAAUGGAACCGGUCCCGUCUCGCGAUUUAGAAGGUCGUAAAAUUUGCGUCGAGCGCUUCAUCUACGCAAUCCUGUACAGCGUCGGGGCGCAGUUUGUUCUGCUUGCGAGCUUCCUGCUGUUGGUCAAUUUUAGCCUGCUCCACCCCUUAGCUUGGUUGGUGGACUCGUUUCGAUUGCUCGUUUCCCUUUCCACCUGGCUGUGGAUUAUGCCGCUCGUCAGUGCGGUCAUCGUUCACGGAAUAUACCUGGCCAAAUCGCACCUCUCCGGGGUCAAGUACUGUCCGACGCGGUUUCAGCAGAUCUAUCAAUCGAUCAUCACCAAGUCCAUCCUGCUGCUGGUCAAUUGCGUGAUUGGAUUCCUGACGGCUUGGUUGUACACACGCUUCCUGCGGGACGAUUAUCGCAUUUUGUUCCUACCGAAGGAUAACGAAAAUUCCGUACUGAACGAGAAGUAUCUAUUCCUGCAGCUGGGAGGCACGUUCGCCGGAGUGUACUAUUUCAUCAAGAACAAAUUGGAAAAGCCUUGUCUCAACUUUCCGGUCAUUCAGCAGUCUCGAUACCAGCAGAUUCGAGCUCAACUCUACAGUAUGGUGUAUCGGUCUCUGUUCAAAUCGUUUUUCCCAACGCUGACCUACGUGAGCUUCUACUACACCUUCAACUGUUUCUACUUCCGCUACAAGUUGGCCAACGUCUUCCACGGUGUAUCGCUCGCCGAGGAAUCUUCGCUGGGUGCGCUGUAUUCCGUGUUGACCGACAUCCGACUGGUGUUGUACUGUUGGAUUCUAUCCUCGCAAAUCCUGACCAACAUGAACCUGAUGCAGGUAUUGUUUCACAUUUUCCUCACGGAGCACCGGGAGUUCCUGGUCGAACGGACUUCGCUGGCCAAUGACUCGCAAGUCACUCUAGUAGAAGCGCUUGCUUGCGAACAGAUUCCUAUCAUCCAACAACUGGCCGCACUGGAUCUUUUCACAAUCGCGGAAAGCUGCGAUCCGAGACGACGGGCCCGUCUGUAUGCUCUGUCCAUUCCGGGAGGCCAUCCAUACAAUUGGCGUCUGGUUUCCGGCGAAUGCAUUCGUCUCAUCAAAGACUACACCACUCAGCUGUCGAAAUCAAUCGAAGGAGCAACCCUGAAACCCCGUCCGGAUAUUGCCAAACUACGUCCCACGGCUUCCAUGGAUGCAGAAAAGCUACUGAUGAAGCAGUACAAUGAAAGCUUUGGAAUUCGCAGCCUGUCUACGUCGGCCCUGCCAACGGAAGCUCCCCAGCCGGAUGUCAUCUGCAAAGUGGUCGACCACCGGCUAGACUCGUUACGCGAAUCACUUCGCUCCAUUCCGGGAAUUUACUACCUCUUUGGGGAACCGAAAACUGCCAAAACCUGCCACCUUCUGGCGACGCAAUCACAGCAGAUUGUUUGGAUCAGCCAAGCGCUGGCAUCGCUGGCGGCGCACUCAAUUCGGGAGGAUCAGUUCGGUGUCGUUCAGAACGAUCUGCCACUGGUCAUACGGACGUUGCUGCAGCUGAAACAGGUGCUCGAUAAGGUCGGAUCGAUCCAGCUGGACGUGAAGAAGAUCGAUCGGAACUACGUGGCCCUGAAGGCGGCCACCAAGAGGAGCUUGUAUCGAAUUUCCGCCGCUUUUGCCGACUAUCUGAACGAUAUCGUUCUGGAGCCGAGCGACGUGAAGGCCCUGCUGGGGUUCGUGAACUAUCGGGAAGCCUAGGCGAAUGGCCGGGCAUUUUUGUGCGUUUUGGAACUUCUUUUUCUGUUAGUAAAUAAGUCAUCCAGGUUAACUGCCACGUGGACUCAUGA